AUGCGGCCGAAGCGGCACUGGGACUUAGAGCUACUGGAUGUGAAGCAGGCGGCAAGCCUGUCUUCAAAGCACAGCGACCGCGGGCUGGUGGACUCUCACGGCAUCCACACGGGCGUGCGUGUCUGUGCCCUUCAGGGCCCUGUGGAAGUACCUCCGUCUGGGGGCUCCAGGAUCCCGGGGGUGAAGGCCCAGUCCUGCAGCACGUGUCCUCAGGUCACUGAAGAGAGGAGGCCCAGGCAGAGCCAGGGGUCAAGCUUGGCAGGGGACAGACCGCCCAGGAGGACCGCCCCUGUGAGGCCCGAGAGCACCCCUGAAGAGGAGACCCGGAAGACCCCGGUCAUCAUGCACCUGGUCCAGGUGAAUGAGCUCUGCCAGCCUGAAGCCAACCUUAAGGACCCAAUCCAGGCCCAGGGACCGGGGGAGGCACAGCUGUUUGGGGCUGAGGGGGAGGAGGAUGUAGCAUCCCCUUCUUCCUCCUCCCCCUCCUCCUCCUCCUCCUCCCCCUCCUCCGCCAUGGCCGCCACUCCCUGGAGCCCGACGGAAGACAGUGGCCUCAGCAGCCAAGGGGAAGAGGGGCCGAGCACCUGGCACGACCAGGAAGGUGCCAAGUCCUUGCUACCAGAGGCACCACGUCUGAAGAUGGCUGACCUGGUGCGGUUCUUGCUCCUCAAGUAUCGCACCAAGGAGCCCACCACAACGGCAGAAAUGCUGACCAUGGUCCGCAAAGACCAGCGGGACCACUUCCCCAUGGUCUUCAGCCAAGCCUGCAAUUGCAUGCAGCUGCUCUUUGGCGUGGACAUGAAGGAGGUGGACCCCAGGGAGCACACCUAUGCCCUGGUCCCCACCCUGGGCCUCACCCACAAUGGGAUGCUGAGCGAUGGGCAGAGAUUCCCCAAGACUGGCCUCCUGGUGUUGCUCCUGGGCCUGAUUGUCUUGGAUGGCGACCGCAUCCCUGAGGAGGAGGCCUGGGGAGCACUUAGCCGGAUAGGGGUGUAUGCAGGGAAAGAGCACUGCAUCUAUGGGGACCCCGGGGAGCUGCUGACCAAAGUGUGGGUGCAGGAGGGCUACCUGGAAUACCGGCAGGUGCCCCACAGCGACCCCGCCCGCUACGAGUUCCUGUGGGGGCCCCGGGCCCACGCAGAGAUCCGCAGGGAGCAAGUCCAGGAUUAUCUGCUCAAGGUCAAUAGCUUGGACCCCAGGUCCUUCCUACCCCUGCCUGCAGAGGCUGUGAGCGAUGAGGAAGAGGGGGCCUGA